AUGAGCCACCAUGGCUCCUCGAGACGCGAUCGUUCUGCUAAUCGGCAUGAGAUUCCUGACUUCAGGAUACACAGAUCUCGUUCGCACUCUGCAGCAGCGCGAGUUGAAGGCGCAGAAGCUCGUAUGGGAUUCAGUCAGAAUCCAGACAUCUCACCCCCACCGCGGAUCUAUAUUCAAGUAGCACCCACAGAACCCGCCUACCCCUCACCACUGCCUCCUGCUGAACCCAGAAUAAUCCCUCAGCAUGAGAGAACAACCAAAUAUCCCACCAGAGACGAUUACCAUGACUCACGAAGAAAGUCGUAUCGGCCGUCCGCGGACUACGUACACAUCGAACGAGAGAACAAUCAUGGUUAUGUAGCGCCCCCGGCGCACGAUGACAGUGGUCGAAUGCCGAGUAUACAGCAAAAUUAUCGACCUUCGCACUCACGCCCCGAGACAUACGCAACCUUUGCACAUGUACCGGAUGCCUUGUAUACCUCGUCAGCUGAGCAUAAGCACGCCCGGACUAGUCAUCGACGUCGAAAUCGCAUAUACAACAAGCCUCCAGGAGGUACUGGAGGUGGUGGUGAUGGCGGCGAUAUUCAAACUUCAGCUGUCGAACCCGCCAAACCGGAGCCAGAUACGCUCAACAAAAUUAUGAUAUGUGUGUUUCGGAACAGCAAACGUCAAUUCGUGCAAAAGGAAGUUUGGAUGAUGAAGCCAGGUCACAGAGAUGACAUUUUUCUGGAAACAUCUGAGCAUCUUCGCAAAGACACCACCUUCUUAAAAUCCCUCCGCUCUGACGCUGCAUUCUUCAAGGAGAUAAAAUGGCGGUACAAGCACCAGUUACGUGGAACUUUCAGACAAUAUCUCAGCUUCAAGACAGUGAGCACGGUAAGAGUCCUGGCAUUUGGCAACAAUGUCUUCGGUCUCGCAGACAUCCGUGAAAAAAUCUUCUCGCCAGUCUUCAUGCGCAUCUACAACAACCCCCGCCGCUCUUUGAUCGAUCCCCUCGACCACCCUGAAGAUCCAGGCCUCAAAUACGAUUCCUGGGUAAGUUGGUUCUGGCGAAAGCGGCGUGCGUUCGUGUUGGACAAGAAAGUGGAUCUCGCUAUUGAGCUUGUAGAAGCUUACGACCCAAAUCGCGUUCUGGGCGGUAUAGCUAUAGCGUUGACAAUAUACUUCGCGCUUACGAUUACUUGGUUGGCGUUGGGAGGGGACCCUGGGUAUGUGGCUGGAGUCAUGUCGUUUGUGCUUUCCAUUCUUGCUGUCUUGGUUGGAUUGACUGGGUUGUACGAUUGGCUGGAUCUAGGACACAUGGGUGGUGGCAAAGACUUUCUUGUUCUCGAUGAGUAUGAAUUUGAUCAGAUCGAGAAGGACGGCUGGGGCGGGCCUUUCGGAUAA